AUGGUGCUCAACUUUGAUUUUCUGAGCGGCUGGAGAAAGCCCCCGGCACCUCAGCAGGUUCCGCUCAUUCCAGUCACAGUCUCGGAGGAAGGCAUCACCGAGGGCGAUGACGAUGCACAAGGUACGCCGCUAAGACCACGUGGACCAUUCUCUGCAGAUGCCGUUGGGAUCGACACCCGUCAGGGAUUGUGGUGGCUAGUGCAGGACUCUGACUUGCUGUUCUUCCUGUUCCCAGGGCAGCAGCGGGCUCAUUCAGUUUUUCUCUCACGAAAAGAUGAUUUCCUGAAACUGCCGGCGCGCUGUCCGCGGCACCAAACAUUGAAGGAGCGGAAGUUGCUGGAGUGGCGCAGCAUACCAUAUCGAGACAUUGUGAGCGGCGAAUUGAAGAGGUCCACAGCAGCGAUCACCCACGUCUGGCUCAGCAAGAAGCACUUCGAUCCAGAUGGGCUCAAACUUGCCAGACUGAAAGGCGUGCUUGCAAGCGAGGCAUGUCGAUGGAUUGAAUAUGUCUGGCUCGACUUUGCUUGCGUUCCUCAGCCAUGGAACGAUGACGGAUGUUACGAGCAGCUCUCCGUCGAGGAUGAGACCCUGCUCAAGCAGUCAAUUGAGCAUUGCCUUCCAUAUCUGUAUCUUGGUGCCACCGUGAUUGUUCUUUGGGACGAUGGCUUCGAUAUCCGGUUUUGGCCAGCUACCGAACUUUUUCUUUCUUGUAAGACUCCGACGCUCCUCGGGCUAACCCCCAGCUUGGCGGAGCAUUACCGGACAGUAUUCGCAUGCAUGCAAAGCCACGAGGGGCAGGAGGGCAAAAUCCAGGAGCUGGUGAUGAAAGUGUGGAUGGGCAUGUCAGCUGACACGGCCUGUGACCUCCUCAUGCAAGAGAGAUUUGUGACAACCAUUGGGAGAGACAAGACGGUGAUCAUGCGUGUAAUGAAGCACAUGGAAGAGAAUUUAAGGCAGCUCUUCCGAGAGCAUCCCUUGCUGAUCACGCCUCGCCACGCUAUUGCUGGAUUGAGCUUUGCGAAGGCACGUUGCAAGCUUGAUUUCACGGUUGAUGUGAUGCAUAUCAACCGCGUCUUGAACCGGAAGACUGCCAUCAUGUUGGCCGCUGAACAAGGCCACAACGAUGUGCUGCGAUUGAUCCUUGCAGUGCCUGACAUUGAUGUCAACGCAAAGGACACUUCGAUGGGAUACACAGCACUUCAUUUUGCUGCGCGCGAGGGGCAGGAAACGGCUCUGCAGUUGCUCCUUGCCGACGCGCGCACGGCCAUCAACACAAAAGCAGACAACGGAGACACUGCCUUGACCCUUGCCUUGUCAAGCGACAAGUUCCGCAUCACACAGUUGCUUCUGACCCACACUGGUGUCGACGUCGACACGCGAUCUAUGCGCCUUGCUAUAGAGAAAGAGCUUGAUGAAGCGCUCUUCGCUCAAGUCCUCAAGUGUCCUACCUUGGACAUCAAUGUAGACCUGGGGGCAAAGUGUGGCAGCAUCGGUGGCUUCAGGCCAUUACAUCUAGCAGUCCAGCGUGGCAACGCAAGGAUCGUUGUGCAAGUUGUGGAGACGCCGGGCGUGGAUUUGAAUGCCCGGGCGGCUGGAGGGAUGACCCCGCUUCAUGUGGCUGUGAAGCAUGGCAAGGUCCUAGUUGUCGAAGCCUUGUUGCCAAGACCUGGCAUCGACCUGAAUGCUUCCACUGAUGAUGGCUUCUCACCCCUGUCACUGGCGGCUGUCAACGGGCAGGUGCAGUUGAUAAAGAUGUUUCUCAAGAAAGCAGACAUGAGUGUGGGCCUGAAAUCAGUGCUGGCUUUGACACUGCAGCAGGACUCCAAGGAGUGUGAAGAGGUCGCAAGUUCCAUUCUUGCAGCCAGAGCGGAAGUUGCUCUAGGCACAGUCACUGCUUUCAGAGACCUCGUCAAGAAGGUUCAAGGUGUCAGAGAAGAACUGGUCGCAGGGAUUGGCUUCCCGGGCAAGCUUUUGCGGGCGGCCAUGCAGGAAGGCGAUAUCGAACUCCUACGAUUGGUUUUGGCUAUUCCCAGGUUGGAUGUCAACUCGAAGGUAUUCUUUGUAGAAGGCACAGCUCUGCAAUAUGCUGCAGAAGGAGGGAGAAUUGAACUGUUGAAGGUUUUGCUGCAGGAGCCCGCCAUCGAUGUCAACGCUAACACCAGUGGCUGGACGGCACUGCACGCAGCCGCAGAACAUGGCCAUUGUGCUAUCGUGGAGCGUCUCCUUGAAGUGCCUGGAAUCGAUACGAAUAUUCGUUCAGGAUUCUAUACGCCACUGGCCAUAGCUGAGCAAACCUGUCAAGACCGAGUAGCUGCCAUGCUUCGGCGUGGGGGAGGAAAGCGCUGGUCCAAGAGCUGGCUGCGAUCCGGGCCCUAA